ACUACUACUCGAGAGCAGAGGAGGCGACUCAGUGUCGCUCCGCGACUGUUUGGGUAUGGCCUUUCAGUCUUCCAGAAGCAGUAGGCUGAUCCAAAAGGAGGCGGAUGGUCUAUCAUUGGAUGAUCUAGAUCUGACACAUUGGAUGAGAUUUCUAUUAUUAUAUAUAAUGCAUUUGCAUGAGCAGGGCCCUCAUUGAGGGGAACGGGAACUCACUCAACCAGUAUCAGGAGUAUUUUUUAGGGCAACUCACUCAACCAGAACUAGUUGUACUACGGAUUGAUAGACGUUAGUGAAAAAAGCACUACUUACAUGAGCUUCUAGUUAAGGAUUUGCUUUUUACUAGAAAAGAAGUCGGUCAGUCGACCACGGCCGC